UGCAGUCUAAGGGCAGUUCCGGGCAGGGUGGCGCUUUUGCAGCCCGCACAGACUUGACCCUUACCAGCGUAGAACUACAAGUCCCAGGGUCCCUAGCGGCCGCCAUAGUCAAGUGGCCAGUGGAAUUGGCCCAGGAUGACAGCUGGAGAAUGGAGUCAGUUUUAUCCAAGUAUGAAAACCAGAUUACUAUUUUUGCUGACUACUUAGAAGAGUUUCCAGAUACGGAUGAGUUGGUAUGGAUCUUGGGGAAACACCAUCUCCUUAAAACAGAAAAAUCUAAGCUGUUGUCUGAUAUAAGUACUCGUCUAUGGUUUACAUACAGAAGGAAAUUUUCGCCAAUUGGGGGAACUGGCCCUUCGUCAGAUGCUGGUUGGGGAUGUAUGCUACGUUGUGGACAGAUGAUGCUGGCUCAAGCCCUUAUCUGCAGACACUUGGGAAGGGACUGGAACUGGGAGAAGCAAAAAGAACAACCCAAAGAAUACCAGUGGAUCCUACAGUGCUUCUUAGAUAGAAAAGACUGUUGCUACUCUAUCCAUCAAAUGGCACAAAUGGGUGUAGGAGAAGGGAAAUCAAUUGGCGAAUGGUUUGGACCAAACACAGUUGCACAGGUAUUAAAAAAACUUGCUUUAUUUGAUGAAUGGAAUUCCUUGGCUGUUUAUGUUUCAAUGGAUAACACAGUGGUCAUUGAAGAUAUCAAAAAAAUGUGCUGUGUCCUUUCCUUGAGUGCUGAUCCAGUCAGUGAGAGCCCUCCUGAUUCUCUGAAUGCUUCGAGCCAGAGUAAGGGCACCUCUGUCUGCUGCCCAACCUGGAAACCCCUGCUGCUCAUUGUGCCCCUUCGCCUGGGCAUAAACCAAAUCAAUCCUGUCUAUGUUGAUGCGUUCAAAGAGUGUUUUAAGAUGCCACAGUCUUUAGGGGCAUUAGGAGGAAAACCAAAUAACGCCUAUUAUUUCAUAGGAUUCUUAGGAGAUGAACUCAUUUUCUUGGACCCUCACACAACCCAGACCUUCGUUGACACUGAAGAGAAUGGAAUGGUUGAUGACCAGACUUUCCAUUGCCUACAGUCACCCCAGCGAAUGAAUAUCCUGAACUUGGAUCCUUCUGUAGCAUUGGGAUUUUUCUGCAAAGAAGAGAAAGACUUUGAUAGCUGGUGUAGUCUUGUUCAAAAGGAAAUUCUAAAGGAGAAUUUAAGGAUGUUUGAAUUAGUUCAGAAACAUCCAUCACACUGGCCUCCCUUUGUUCCUCCAGCUAAGCCAGAAGUGACGACCACUGGGGCAGAAUUCAUUGACUCUACUGAACAAUUAGAGGAGCUUGACCUGGAGGAAGAUUUUGAGAUUCUGAGUGUAUAGAAUAGUGGGUACUCAACUUAGAGAUCUGUCUUCCAUCUGGCACCAGAAGAACACGAACUCAUGACAUAAAACUUUUCUAGUCAGCAAGUGCCUGAUAUGCCAACAGCAUACAAACUUGAUACUAAUCAUGUCUGAGCCAAUCACCAUUUAUCAGAGAGGAAGAAAGAAAGAAGCAACUGUUCCCCAGAAAGAAGCAGCACAAUCAUGGAGACGAGGAGCAGAAAGAUUAGGCAUCAUCCUUUGCUUCCCAAGCUGGCCACAGCAAGUGUCCAGCUACUGGAACAAGAUGGUGGACAUCUGGACAACGGACAUUUCCCACCUUGUUCAAGCACCAGCAGAUGAAAGAUGGUUACCCUGUGCUUCUUCACCUGUCAGGUGUGUCCUUUUUUGGGCUAAAUGCUAAGAAGCAGUCCGUUUUCUUGCUCUAAUAAUAAAGUGAUUGCAUCAG